AUGGGGCAAGAAUUAUCUCAUCUCUUUAAUUCCGAGAAUGCGGAAACUACUUAUCAAAGAUAUCGCAAACUUGCCGGCGAUGAAGCAAAGCUUCGUAACGAAUGUUUCGCUCAAUCACAAUCAGCUUUUAAAUCUCGUCAAGGCUUAAAAGCUAAAGAGUUAUCACAAAAAGGAAAAGAACAUGGUAAAAAAAUGGAGCAAUAUAAUUCGAAAGCUGUUGAAGUAAUUUUUAACGAGAAUAAUAAGAAUAGACCUCCUAAUGAACUUGACCUUCAUGGAUUAUAUGUUAAAGAAGCUCUAUUAAAAACUGAAUUAAAAAUCCAGUAUUGCAAAACAAAAAAUAUUGAUAAUUUGACUAUUAUUGUUGGCCGUGGCAAACAUUCUUCAAAUGGUGUUGCAAAAUUAAAACCUGCGAUUGCUGAACUUAUGGAAAAAUAUCAAUUUCGUUGCAUUCUAGAUAAGCCAACUCUUUCCGAACAUUCACCAUUCCCAAAGUACUGCUUACGAGAUACAGCAUCAUAUUAA